AUGACCCAAUUUUACUGGCCAGUUAAUCCGGAUGCCGGUUUAUAUAGAAGAAGAGAAUAUGAAGCUGUAAAUGGUCGACACGGAUACAGGCAUACAGAAAGAAUAGGUUUGGGAGAAGAUGGUCAUACAGAAGAAAGAAGAAUUCAACAGAAGAUAAGAGAUGAAAUAGGAGCAUUAAGUUAUCAACCGCCUAUUUUUGUUUAA